AGAUUCGUUCGAAAUGAAGAACGAGCCAUCAGCAGUCCGUUCUUCAGCUCGGUCUCCGCGCUUUCCCGUGAGUUUCGGCGGAGAUCGUGAGUCGAAUGAGCGGCUCUGAGGAGCUUCAGUGAUGGCCGAGCCGCUGCUCAAACGAACCUUCUCCAGACUCCGGGCAAAAGAGCGAUUCCGCCGCAAGACGGACCCCAAACUCACCGAAGUGACAGAGAAGGUGGACCUUUUCCAAAGUUCAUCGACUGCAUCCACCUCAGGACGUGCUGAGACAGAGAGCUCCAUCGUGGAGGAGUGUACCAGACGCUCCCAGAUCACCGUCUCCAAAAAACAGAACUGGGCCAAACUUCCCUCUACGAGCAGAGACCCAGCCAGCAGAGAUCUGUGUACGAGCCUGGUCUACGGGCAACAGGACUGGGAUUUGUGCUCAGGAAAGGCUGAGGUCUCAAAACAGGCCUGGAGCCAAAGGACUUUGAGUGAGGAUGGUUCUAAGAAGAAAGAUCUGGAAUUGGAGUUUGGAUAUUCCAGGACACCAUGCGAUUCCAUUGACGCAGGUUUGCCGGAGUUGACUCCUGCAUCUACAGCUUUUCUGGAUGUGUGUGACUCUUCCAGCUCAGCGAAGAUCUCCGGGCAGGGCGCCUACCUCCAGCACCUGGACAGAAGCAGUCGGGCCUGGGUACUGUCCACCGGAAAGCCCCAGGCGUCAGAUGAAGUCCUCCCAACCAGAAUCACAGAGUGGCAACAGCGCCCGGGUGGAGAUGGAAACAUCUGGUACAACCCCAUUCCUGAAGAGGACGACUCGAGGGCCACCAGAGGAGCAGCUCAGGGAAAAUAUGGAGAUCCGUGGAGAAGGAGAGAAACUGGGGAAUCGGCAAAGGAGAAACAAGACCAGAAACGAUCAGGGGGGUUGAGUCCCACCGGCGUACAUCAGAUGAGAGAGAUUCAAACUGAGGCCGACAUCAUCAGGAUGGAUACCUCGGAUCUGGUUGUGCUACAGUCGGACUGUAUUAGUUCUGCUAGUGGUGGGAACUCUGACAGUCCCGGGGUGCCAAAGAAAAGCCCCGGAGAGGGUGCGAUUGACAAGAUCAAGUCUCCAGGAACAGUGCGGCGGCUUUCUAUGAAGAUGCGUAAGCUUCCGGAACUAAGACGGAAGCUCAGCCUCCGCUCAUCCCGUAAUCAGCGUAACGGACAAGGGAACGCCAGCAGUGCACCGGGAGCAUCCGAUGAGGCGUCACCACCAAAUGCACGCAAGGAAUCAUCCAGCGUCAUCAGCAAGUACCACCUGGACUCCAGUGCACCCGCAAGGCCAAGGCGUCGAUCCUCUCGAACACGUUCUGCUAGUAAAGGAGGAUAUCUUAGUGAUGGAGACUCACCUGAACUCUUGCCAAAGCAGGGCUUGGGUCAGGAAUCGAAAGGGUCGCCUACACCACCACCGCACCUUGGAGCACAGGAUUCCCUCGCUGUGGCAGACGCAGAGUCGUUCCGCUUGUACUCGCUGGCGGAUCAGCCUCGCUGUGCUCAGAGACUUUCAGGGCUGCUCACGGUGCAUCUGCUGGGCGUCGACGAGCUGCUACGAUCGCCUCGGAACGAUGCUGCUAAAGAAGUCUUCUGUGCCAUUCAAGUGGACGGGGUGACCCGAGCCCGGACAUCCCUGCUCACCUGUCGAGGGGCGUGCCUCCCACUAAACCACACCUUUAACCUGGAGCUCGAGAGGGCACGGCUGCUCAAACUGGUCAUUUCGACACCAACGAACGUCAGCGGAAACAACGGCUGUGCCGCUCCUGCACGUAACCGGGUGUGCUGUCUGGGUGCUGUGGCCAUCCCACACCUCUUCAAGGCGUCUCGCAGUCAGCAGCUGUGUGUCCGUCUGGAGCCUCGCGGAUUGCUGUAUGUGAAGUUGACCCUUCUGGAGCACUUCGUGACCCCGUUCCCCCGCCUCAGUGACCUGCCUCCUCCUAAUGUGUUUGGGAUGGAGCUGCGCCACCUGGUGGAGAAGGAGGCGUCUGCGCUCCGAGUGCCUCUGAUCAUUCAGAAGUGUGUUUCUGAGAUCGAGAGGAGAGGACUGAAGGUGGUGGGAUUGUAUCGUCUUUGUGGCUCCGCGGCGGUGAAGAAGGAAUUAAGGGAUGCGUUUGAGAGGGACAGUGCAGCGGUUAUCUUGAACGAUGAGCUCUAUCCUGACGUUAAUGUCAUCACCGGUAUUCUGAAGGACUUCCUGCGAGAGCUGCCGUCUCCUCUCAUCACCCGGACGCUGUAUGAAGUGGUGUUAGAAGCGAUGAUGGUUCGACCGGUCUGUAGAAACACCAGCGACGCUCAGAGAUCACAGAACACCGUCUCACUGCUGCAGUGUCUUCCUGAAGCAGAGCGGGCGACUCUGUCCUUCCUGCUGGAUCAUCUGAGUCUGGUGGCGUCUUACAGCGACAGCAACAGAAUGACGUGUCAGAAUCUGGCCGUGUGUUUCGGGCCGGUCCUCCUGACGCCCACACAGGAGUCGUGGCAGGCCGGGAUGAUGGGCCCUGGAUCAGGGGCCCUGGCGGGGUCUGGGGCCGGUCGAGGAGGCCGUAGUUUUGCACACAGUGAAGAGAUCGCCAGCGCUGUGGACUUUAAACGACACAUCGAGGCUCUACACUACCUCCUGCAGCUCUGGCCUGUAUCUAAAGGACGAGUGACGGAUGACUCUCUGGCUUCCCAGAGUUCCUUGCAGGUGGUGGUUUCCCGCAGGGGGCGUGGCCGGCUGGAGAGCCCGCCCUGUAACCGAUACGCAGGUGAUUGGAGCGUUUGUGGGCGGGACUUCCUGUCAAACGACGAGGCGGAUUACGACGAGGUGGCGGACAGUGAGAGCGACUACGACAUUGAGGAGCCGAAGAACAGUGAUGUGUGGACGUCUCCCGACGGUUUGUACGUGGACGAGUUUGCACUCGAUUUUGACGCUCCGUUCACGUGCAGACUGAGUCUGAAAGACUUCGACACGCUCAUUUCAGAUCUGGAGAAAGAGUUAGCCAAAAAAAUCAACAUCUGCCUCUGAACCGGACUGAAUCUGUGCGUGUUCCUCAUUUUGAGCUGAGCGCCCAGCAGAUGCAUUUUAAUAGAGAUAAAUGUAGAGUCAUUAAAAAAGCUUCUGUUGCACAGUAUUGAGACAAAAGACAACCACAAGCUGCCACAGAAAUGCCAACAUGAAAAUAAAUACUGUAUUUUCCAGUAAAUAAAUUGCAUCGUAAAGAGAAGAAAAAAAAAACAUAUGUAAGAUGCAUCACAUUUUAGAAAAUUCUGAAAUAUUGUUUCAUAACAGUAAAUAAAACUAAAUGUUUACAAACAUUCUACAGAUAUAUUGUAGAUUUUAAAAUAAUAAAGUUAAUUGUGAUUUGUUUUCUCAAAAUAUACAAACUCAGAGAUAUAAACUCAGGAAAUAUGAGAUAUAAACUUUUAAUUCUGAGAAAAAGAGUCUAGGAUUGUGAGAUAAAAUGUUGUAAAUGCCUUUUUUAUAUUGCAGUGGAAAUAAAAUUGCGGAAAAAAUAGAAUUGUGAGAAAAUGUCCGAGAAAAAAGUCUUAAAAAUUAAGUUGGAAUUAAGUUUUUUUUUUUUUGCAGAAACAAUAGUAAACAAAAAAAAGAACUACAAGAUAUAUAAAUUUUAAGAUGUACUAUAAAAUGAGAAUUCAGUUUUUUUCUUUAAAAUUGCAAGUUUAUAUCUCACAAUUCUGAGUUUAUAUCUGGCAAUGUUGAUAAAGACUCCUUUCACAGAAUUUGUGAGAGUAAAAUGCAGCAUUGUGAGUCGCAAUGAGCUUUAUUUCACAGACAAACAAAAACAAAAGUCACAAUUCUGAGUUUAUAAAAAUAGCAAUUCUCAAAGUUCUGAGAUAAAAAAGGCGCAAUUUCCUUUUUCAUGUUUUUAUAUUGUGGUGGAAAUGGCCUUCCAUAAAAGUCACAGCACAUUUCAGAAGAUAAAAAAUAAAUGUCACUUACACUCUGGAAAAUAUGGUAAAUUUACUGAUUGAUAAAAUCAGUUUUUUUUCCCAAAGAAUUGAAAUGUAGCCAUGCAAUAAAUGUUUUGAUUGUUGGGUAUUUGUGCCCAAUCACAGCGUUUCUGGUGCGUUUUGAGACGUGUGUAAACCUUUGAUAGCAGCUACUGUAACAUAAUACCAACAAGCACAAAAACUCAGAUUGUUCUUCUACUGCGUAUGGAUUAUUAUAAUAUGCAUUAUAACACAGUAUAAACACUAGCUGUUAAUGAGGUGGCUGGUGCUGAAGGACGACGACAGGCGUUUGUGUGAAGUUUCUCUUAUUUAAAGCUCUGUGUACGACUCUUAUUCCAGAAGUCUGGUUUGUGACGACCAGCAGCGUUUGGGCCAAGAUUUCAUCACUCUUUCCAGCAGGACAUUCCUUUACAUGCAUUUCUCCGCCAGACUCGCUUUGGCAGCGACUGCGUGAAGCCUUAGUUUUACUUUGCAGAAUUAUUUUUUCCUGUGUAAUGUUUAACGGAGAACGUAUUUAUUACAUUCCCUUGAGAUCUCGUCAUAGGAAUGUUCUGGGUUUGAAACAGCCUGACAGCAUUUGUGACAUAAUGUUGAUUUGAUUUUGAGAAGCCAAAGACAAAAUUUGACAUAAUGGGGAUUCUGUAAUUGAUGUUAUUUAAAGGUAAAGCGUGUAAUUUCUAACUCAAAUGGAAAAGCAAUGAGAGCUUUUCCUAAACACUUCUUCUGUUUGUCAUUGGUCAGUCAGACAGAUAGCUCCGCCCUAAACUCACAUGAUUGGAUGAAUCAGAAGAGCACUGUUUUGAAGUGUAACAAUGUGACAUUAAACAGAAUUUGAAGUAAUUCAAAAGUAACCAAAAAAUGAUCAUUUGUAACUUGUGUUGAAUCCAGAAUAUUUGUUUAAAGCUGAAUUUAUGUUUGAGAUGCCAAUCAGUAAAAUGAGAGAUCUUUAAUAUAGUGUUAAUUUUGACUGACUUUGCACAGUUCAUUAAGCCAAAAUGUUUUUGUUUUUUUUUAGUUCCAUGUUUGUUUGUUAAAAAAAAAAAAAAAAAAGUUCUCACUCAUUUUUAACCUUGUGUCUUUUAUAACCUGUAUUAUUAAGCCAAAGACUGUUUGUGUGAUGAUUAUUGCACUUCUGCGUCUAGUUUUCUGGAUUGUGCUUGUGCUGCUCUUGCUGAUUUGAGAUCAGUCUGUUACUGAGAGCAGCUCUAUGUUUCAUUUCUGAGCGCGGUACAAAUAAUCUCAACUGUGAUUUGAUUCUAAAAGCCACAAAUGGAAUAGAAAAGCCAUGACUGAGCUCACCAGCUCCUUAUGCAAACCCUUUGACAUGUUUUAUUGGAAUUCAGUUUUGUUUAGUUGUAUAAACAGUAUUAUUAUAUUCUAUUAUUGCACCUGUAACAUUAAGCACUUCUGUCUGUGCUCAUGCAUAGCUAAAACGCAGUGUGUGUGGAUGAGAUGUACCAUUCAGUGUUAUGUUAAAGAAAUAAAGCACAGUAUUGCGUUUCUA